AUGGAACCAGCACUUCCUCUACCGCUGCGCCUAGACCUCUCGCACCCUGCGGUCCCAACCGAUCACACUUCCGUCUCGCACUCUAUCUCCCAAUUCCUUUCCAGCUAUGCCGCACGAACAGGCACGUCCAACUCGGCCUCGCAUCCAGACGAAACCGCUACAUCCACCACCGGCGGUGUGGUAGCUGCACAAUUGACGCGUCUCAUGAACGGUCUAGCCGGAAAAAUCGACUACGACGCCUUCGAAUCUUUGCUCACCAGCCUCGGCUCUUGCUCCUCCAACCACAUCGAUGAGCUAGAAACUCCCGUAGAACUCCUCCAACAUCCACAAACUGACGCCGAUACCGAACCGACUCAGUUCUCCCCCCAAAGUACCCCCGCUACUCAAGAUAGCUCCCGCUCCAACCAAGAUCCCAGUCAACCCAGCCAACCAGAAAGCCCAUCAAAAAAGAGCAAGAAGGAUAAGAAGCACAAAAAGGACAAGAAAGACAAGAAGAACAAAAACGACAAGAAAGACAAGUCGCUCAAACACGAGCCCCUCACAUAG